GCCCAAAUAUACAUACAGCCUUAGAAUGGCAGAGGUAAAUUCACACUUAAAGACCCGAUUAUAAGGAGUCCUAGCCCUUUUUAUACCUGGAAUUAAACUGUCUCAGGUGAAUUGACGGCGGCUAAAAAUAAUUUAAAAGCCCUUUUAUCAUUUAUAUGAAAGGACUAGGUAAUACACAAGUAUAAUCUGUCUUGGCUCACCACUUGAAAAGCAUAUUAAUGCAGGUGUGAUGGUUAAGCCAAACAAGACCUUAAUUUCAUGAGAAGUUGUAAAAAUUGUCUUGAUAUAAAAGUCAGUGUGAAUUUUAUUAUUUUUUUUAUGUAAAAUUUUAGCGGCAGAGGUUUGCUUUUUGUGUAGAUACAGAACACCAGAUUCAUUUUGCAAUGCCGUUUCUGUUCAUUUGCAUUUCAGAUUUCACACUAGCAGCAUAAAUGGCCUCAGUCUGACUCAAAACAUGACUUAUAAUGAUAAAGGCGAAUGUUUAGCCAGUUAUAUUUGUCACUACUAUGCUAUUAGUGGAAGACUAGUAGGGAUCAUUGUGUCUUUCUAGGACGGUUAGGGUGUUCAGCACUGUGGUUAGGUUAGAAACGCACAUUUAAAUACAAAAGCACCCUUCAUUGCUGAAAUAGUGUUGGUCAGCAUUCAUGUGCCUGGGUGGAUCUGUGAAGUAGUGAUGUGUUAUUCAUGAGUGAGCGGUGUGAGCGUGUAAUGACAUGCUCGUCUCUUUUCUCUCAUCAGCAGCAGCCUCAUGCUGUCUACCCUGCUUUGAUGCAGCAGCAGCUCCAGGCUCAACACCUUUCUCAUGCUGCCCAUGGACCCCCGGUCCAGCUGCCCCCUCACCCCUCGGCACUGCAGCCACCAGGCAUCCCUCCAGUCACGGGCUCAGGUUCAGGUCUGCUGGCGCUGGGAGCUCUGGGCAGCCAGGCGCACCUGCCAGUCAAAGACGAGAAGAACCAUCAUGACCUUGAGCACAGAGAGCGGGAAUCUAGCACGAAUAAUUCAGUAUCACCGUCAGACAGCCUGAGGGCCAGUGAGAAACACAGAGGCUCGUCUGAAUACAGUCUGGACCCGAAGAAACGCAGAGUGGAGGAGAAGGACAACAUGGGCCGAUAUGACAGUGAUGGUGACAAAAGUGAUGAUCUGGUCGUGGAUGUUUCCAACGAGGAUCCAGCCACUCCAAGGGUCAGCCCGUCUCACUCUCCUCCUGAGAAUGGACUUGAUAAGGCCAGAGCACUGAAGAAAGAUGCCCCCAACAGCCCGGCUUCUGUGGCCUCCUCUGGGAGCACCCCCUCCUCAAAAGUGAAGGACCACCCACAUAACGACAAGUCCUCCACCCCAGGUUUAAAGUCCAACACCCCCACCCCACGCAACGACGCUCCCACCCCAGGAACCAGCAACACCCCUGGGCUCAGGCCCAUACCCGGAAAACCAUUAGGCAUGGAAGCGCUGACAGCACCUGCUCUACGUACACCAUUGUCGAUUGCGUCGCCAUAUGGGGCUCCGUUUGCCAUGAUGGGUCACCACCCAGAGAUGAACGGCUCAUUGACCAGUCCGGGUGUUUACCCUGGCCUUCACAUCUCCCCUCAGAUGAGUGCCGCUGUUGCUUAUGGACGCUCACCUAUGGCGGGCUUUGAUCCUCAUCCCCACAUGCGUGCCCCUGGUCUGCCAACAAGUCUGGCCUCUAUACCUGGAGGAAAACCGGCCUACUCCUUCCACGUUAGCGCAGAUGGGCAGAUGCAACCAGUACCUUUUCCUCCAGAUGCUCUGAUUGGACCAGGCAUUCCCCGUCAUGCCCGUCAGAUCAACACACUCAGCCACGGUGAGGUGGUGUGUGCCGUAACCAUCAGCAACCCCACGCGGCACGUCUAUACUGGCGGCAAAGGCUGCGUGAAGAUCUGGGAUAUCAGUCAGCCUGGCAGCAAGAGCCCCGUCUCACAACUUGACUGUCUGAACAGGGAUAACUAUAUCCGUUCCUGUAAGCUGCUUCCGGAUGGCCGCACUUUGAUCGUUGGAGGGGAAGCCAGCACUCUGACCAUAUGGGAUUUGGCCUCUCAGACUCCCCGUAUCAAAGCCGAGCUCACCUCUUCUGCCCCGGCCUGCUAUGCGCUGGCGAUCAGCCCUGAUGCCAAGGUCUGCUUCUCCUGCUGCAGUGAUGGAAAUAUUGCUGUCUGGGACCUUCAUAACCAAACCCUUGUCAGGCAGUUCCAGGGCCACACAGAUGGUGCAAGUUGUAUAGACAUUUCCCAUGAUGGCACCAAACUGUGGACAGGUGGACUGGACAACACAGUACGGUCCUGGGACCUGAGAGAGGGACGACAACUCCAGCAGCAUGACUUUACUUCACAGAUCUUCUCUUUGGGCUACUGUCCGACGGGCGAGUGGCUGGCUGUGGGAAUGGAGAGCAGUAAUGUGGAGGUGCUUCAUCACACCAAGCCUGACAAGUACCAGCUGCACCUGCAUGAGAGCUGUGUCCUCUCCCUCAAAUUUGCCUACUGUGGUAAAUGGUUUGUGAGCACUGGGAAGGACAAUCUCUUGAAUGCCUGGAGGACUCCCUAUGGUGCCAGCAUUUUCCAGUCCAAGGAGUCGUCCUCUGUCCUGAGCUGUGACAUCUCAGCUGAUGAUAAAUACAUUGUGACAGGAUCUGGAGACAAGAAGGCCACUGUGUAUGAAGUGAUCUACUAAAUUCACUGCUUCGCCAGAUGUAAAGACCUAUGUAUGGAGUUUCUCAUUGGGCCUGAUAUUUAAUGGAUUCAAGGGAUCACUCCUCCACUUUUUCCUCCUUUUAUAGUAGGAAACCAGGUUAGGAACUGGUCGGUCCAUUGGGAUCGGUUCCCAGAUGUUUUUAUUUUUAGCGCACCUGGAUUCUUACAGCAGUGGAGCAGUCCUCUACAGAUCCGAGCGGAAACGUGUUAAACUGUCCCAAGGACUUCCUGACGGCACUAAUGUAGUAAAUAUUGUCUUGCCUUUGCUUUCGGUCUGCUCA